AUGUCAGCAAUCUUUAAUUUUCAAAGUUUACUAGUGGUAAUAUUACUCUUUAUCUGUACAUGUACUUAUAUUAGAGCUUCAUAUCCAAAGCUAUUAGAAGUUAGAAAUAAACAUAGUAUAUCAGGGUUACCUUGGAAAGCAGCAAGAAUAGGUGAAAGAUUAAGUCCUUGGGUUUCAGCAUCAUAUUUCUUUGUACUUUGA